AAGUAUCCAUAUACAAUGCACGCGCCAGGGUUAAUUGUAUUGUACAUAUUUGUACCUGUAGCAUCCUACUCUUUCUUACGUAGGAAUUGGCUUCUGUAAAGCUUAACAACUAAGCACAAUUACGUACAAUUACAAUUUACAAUUAGCUUUAGAAUAACCUGCAACGUAUAGGAGGCACGUGCUAUAAAAUUGAGUUUGUCGGCAGCCUUAUUCAAAAAGACCGGCCGUCCGAGGGUCCCGCCAUUUCCGAUCGGUAAUCCUUGCACGACAGAAUUAGUGGCCAACUAGCCAAUCAGAUAGCCUGUAGGUCCCUUAUCCCCCUUUGUUGGCGUGGAGUUUUAAUGAACCAGACCCAAACACUCGCUCUCUCAACUUUUUUUUUCCAUCUUCACGAGAUUCGCCAAUCGUGAUUUUCAUAAAUCUUUCCUCGUCUCUUUUCCCUUUUUAGUCUCGUACCCUUUUUCUUUUUACACUGUCCACUACUGACUAUUGAGUCAAUUGUAGGGUCAACUAUCUAAUAGCUUAACUUAUUUCUUGUCGCUCCUUCAGAACCAACGUUUCUCCUUUUACUACUUAGGAGGCUUCGCUCGUCGUAACAGACUUGCGUGUCCCUAUUCUCACCCCGAGACCCCCGAGCGCAUUUUUUGCGCGAACUGUAUUAAAACUUCUCAAUUCACUUUGAGGAUCGAAUCGAUUGUGCUAUACCAUGGCUUCACCAGAUUCUGCUGCCCUUUGGGAGGCCCUCCCUAUCCCAACCCUCGACCGACCUUUCGGCGUUCAGCUAUGGCCCUACUUUAGCAAAGCCUUCGAGGCUGUAGUUGGCUAUUCCGCCGACGACUUCCGAUUCGUCACCGGCAAGACACCUAUGUCAACAUUGAAAGAGACGUUGAUUUUCCUCGCUGUAUACUACACUAUCAUAUUCGGUGGUCGGGAGUACAUGCGCGGUCGAGAACCGUUUAAGCUGAGGUCGCUGUUCUUAAUUCACAACUUCUACCUCACCGCUAUUAGUGGUAUUCUCCUAGCUUUGUUCAUUGAACAGCUAUUGCCGACCGUUGUUCGACACGGUAUUUUCUAUGCGAUCUGUGAUGCCGACGGAGGUUGGACACAGCCAUUGGUUGUGCUCUACUACUUGAACUACCUUACCAAGUAUCUUGAGCUCUUGGACACCGUGUUCUUGUUCUUGAAGAAGAAGCCAUUGACCUUCCUCCACUGCUAUCACCAUGGUGCUACUGCUUUCCUCUGCUACACUCAGCUUCUUGGAUCUACCUCGGUUUCGUGGGUUGUUAUUACUUUGAACUUGACUGUCCACGUGGUCAUGUACUGGUACUACUUCCAGAGUGCUCGUGGUAUCCGAAUUUGGUGGAAGGAGUGGAUCACCCGCCUCCAGAUCAUCCAAUUCAUUAUCGAUCUCGGAUUCGUCUACUUUGCCUCGUACACCUACUUCACGUCCACCUACUUCCGAUGGAUGCCGAACGCGGGCGAAUGCGCCGGAGAAGAGUAUGCCGCUUUCGCCGGUAUUGGAACUCUUACUUCAUACCUCGUCCUAUUCAUCUCGUUCUACUUCGCGACCUACAAGAAGGACCACAAGGCGCCUAGCACUCGCAAGACCCUUCGCCGCAUGUCGCAAGCGCCUCUUCCCGACCACCACGUAAUUACUAGUGCUGGACAGAAGCCAGUAGCUCAGACUACCGGUAUCAAGACCAAUGGUGUAACGACCCGAUCGCGCAAGGCGUAAGCAUAGACUAGAAUUUGCUAGUUAAGCCGCGCCGUCCAGAUCUGGUUUAAAAGACUUGGAUUGGCGAUUUCACUCUUGGGAUUUUUGCAUUCCGGUAUGAAGCGAUUAAACUGGCUCAUGUUUUCAAAAGCCAUCACUUCCUACAACCUUUCGACCAUUGUAUUAGUGGUUUUUAUAAUCGAUGACGACGCAUUUCAUAAACAUAAAAGAGAGGGUACGAGACGGAGGCAAUGGGCGAGGGAGAUGCUAAGGGAUAAGGCUACGUGUGUAGAUAAUUAUACGAUCGGAGAAGAUUUUCUUCUGGCGUUUCGGACGGCUGGGUGAUGACAAAAGCAUCUGAGGAUCUCAUUGGACUUGCAUGGAAGGACGUUUUGCCAUGUCAACCUCAAAUUAUUUGUAUCCCUUAAUGUCGCAACAAAUAACCGGGCCGGCGCUUCGAGUCAAACAAACGAAAAGCAUGUACAAUGGCAGUAAUAAUAAAAAUGACAUUAAUCCAAUUUA